AACAUCUACCACAGUAGCAGCCCACUCCAGAGGACAAUCAUGCCUUCCUGUCCGCUCGCCCUCGUUGCGUUCGUUAGCUGAGUCCAUACAUCGCACUUUCGAGCGUGGCUGAGACGAUGCUGGAACUCCAUGGAUCUUCCUACCUAAUCCAGACAAGGUGUGAGACGCUCCUAAAACGCAUCCAGAAGCGUUGUCCGAAGAUCAUCUCCGUGGACGCGGUCCACCUGCACCUCGUCGACUCAUUGCAGGAGGAACUGUACCAACCAGGAUCCAAGCCGCAGCUGAUUCACAGUCGCUGGCUUCAAUACGGAGAUGACAUCAUGCUUCCGGGCACCGCCGAUGCCUUGCGUGGGGAACGCAACAUUGCCUUUUCCAGCAAAGCGACGGAUAUCGCUGCGAUAUGCGGGCUCAAGAAGUACGUCAAACGUAUCGAGCGAGGUGUUAUCUUUGUCUUCCAGAUUUUCGAAGGAGACCUGACGCGGGACGACCUCGCAUCCUUCGCGGAUCUCAUACAUGACCGUAUGACUCAAGUCGUCCAACUCACGCAUCCUGACCCCGAGGUCAUAUUCUCUCACAAGACUACAAAGCCUCUUGUCACCGUUGACUUGAUAUCAGACAGCAAGAAUGCCGGAGCUGCUCGCGAGAAGCUGGUCGCCGCAAACAAGGAGUUAGGGUUGGCAUUGUCUUCCGAUGAGAUCGACUACUUGGUGGACGCAUUCGUGUCUGGCUCCUCUCCUAUCAGCCGCAACCCCACCGAUGCCGAGCUGUUCAUGUUCGCUCAAGUCAAUUCCGAGCACUGCAGGCACAAGAUAUUCAAUGCAUCGUGGACUGUCGACGACGCCUUGCAGGAUACGUCUCUAUUCCAGAUGAUCAGAAACACAGAGAAGGUCUGCGGGAAAGGAACGAUCUCAGCCUAUUCGGACAACGCAGCGGUAUUUGAAGGACAUUCCGCGCCACGCUUCGGAGUCUCGUUCGCAGACCAAGUAUCGCCACGAUAUGAGGCGCAGGUUGAGGAUAUGCCCAUUCUCAUCAAGGUCGAGACCCAUAACCACCCGACUGCCGUGUCGCCGCACCCUGGGUCGGCAAAUGGUUCCGGAGGUGAGAUCAGAGACGAAGGCGCUGUUGGCCGAGGGUCAAAGCCCAAAGCGGGUCUUGCUGGCUUUACCGUCUCCAAUCUGCUGAUACCUGGCUUCGAGCAGCCCUGGGAGACAGACUUUGGCCGCCCCGCUCACAUCGCGCCUGCGCUUGACAUCAUGAUCGAGGGCCCACUGGGCGCGAAACGCGUUCCUGCUGGUGUAGAAGGGGAGGUGGAGACUGGUGGUUACCACAAGCCGAUCAUGCUUGCUGGCGGUCUGGAUAACGUUCGUCCCUCCUUCGCGAUGAAAUCUACGAUUUCCCCUGGAGCGAAGAUCAUCGUGCUUGGUGGCCCCGGAUUACUGAUCGCUCUUGGCAGAGGAGCAGCAAGCGGUCAAGUCUCCGGUGCCGGCUCGGCUGAAUUGGAUUUUGCGAGUGUGCAGCGAGACAACGCGGAGAUGCAGCGGCGCUGUCAGCAGUCUUUGAACGCUCUGCCGGAGCUGGUGCACGAUUCCGGUCUGGGAGCUAUCUUCGAGAUACGUGACGUGCUCGUGGCGGAUACAAGCAUGUCGCCCAUGGAGAUCUGGUGCAACGAGAGUCAGGAACGAUACGUUCUUGCCAUUUCGCCGGAGAAGGAGUCGGAAUUCACCGCGCUUGCACAGCGUGAACGAUGUCCCUUUUCCCUUGUCGGCGUUGCGACGGCGGAGGAGGAGCUCAUCGUCACGGAUCGCCUGUUUGAGACGGACGUCAUCCGGCUGAAGAUGUCAACACUGUUCGGAAAGCCACCCAGGAUGCACCGUUCCGACUCGACCAAGCUGACCACCUACGUCCCGUUCGAUACCUCGCUGGCUCGUCUCAAAUCGUUCCUCAUCACAAUCGGAGACCGCUUCAUCACAGGUCUCGUAACUCGGGAUCAGAUAUUCGGGCCCUCAGGCUGGCAGGUACCCAUAGCGGACGUCGCCGUCACCCAAGCGUCAUACGGCUUCUACGUACCCUUCGGAGAGGCGAUGGGCAUGGGCGAACGCACGCCGCUGGCAUUACGCAGCGCAGCAGCGUCUGCUCGGCGCAUGGCGGUCGCAGAGUCUCUCACGAACCUGGCCGCCGCUCGCAUCGGUGAUCUCGGCCGCGCUGUCGCAAUGGAACUGUGCCCCGCGCUCGGCGUGGGCAAGGACUCGAUGUCGAUGUCGAUGAAGUGGAGGGAGGGCGAAGAGCAACGCGACGUCAGCGCGCAUCUGUCCCUCAUCGUCACCGCGUUCGCAGGAGUGGAGGACAUUGGCGCAACAUGGACUCCUCAGUUGCAGACUAAUACUGGCGAGCCUACUGUGCUCGUGUUCUUUGACCUGGCAGAGGGUAAGCAGCACCUUGGAGGGUCGGCCCUGGCGCAGGUGUUCAAGGAGAUUGGCUCGGAGGCACCCGACGUCGGGAAUGCUGCACAACUCAAAGCGUUCUUGGUCAGACGGAAAUUGUUCACAACACUGACAGAAAUAGCAUUCGCUGGACGUGUUGGCGUUGACGUCUCCCUCGAUGAGGUUAUGGUCUCUGGCGACCCCAUCUCGACCCUCUUCAACGAGGAACUCGGUGCCGUGAUGCAGGUCUGCCAGUCACAAGUUGACGAGCUCAUGAGCAUCUUCGCCAAUGUCUGGUUCCCGGUGGCGUGCAUCCAUAUCAUUGGUCAAGUGUACGAGGUCGACGUAACAUUCAGGAUCACGCAACAAAAUGCAACCAUCUACUCCAGUACCCGUGCAGAGUUGCAACGCAUCUGGGCAGAGACUACUUACAGGAUGCAGUCACUCCGGGACGACCCGAUCAGCGCGAAGGAGGAGUACGACCUCAUCAACAACGCAACAUACAAAGGCAUAUAUAACGACCUCUCCUUCUCGCCCGAACCUCCGCGCGACAUCUCCCACCGCCCCAAGGUGGCUAUCCUCCGCGAGCAAGGCGUCAACGGCCAAGUCGAGAUGGCCUGGGCGUUCACCGCAGCGGGCUUUGACGCCAUCGACGUGCAUAUGUCCGACAUCCUCAGUGGCGCCGCCUCCCUAAGCGCGUUGCGCGGCUUCGCAGCUUGCGGCGGGUUCUCCUACGGCGACGUGCUCGGCGCAGGCAAGGGCUGGGCGAACUCGAACCGCAGCGAGCGUUUCGAGGGCCGCGUGUGUACGGUGGAGGUAGUACCUAGUGCGGUGAAGAGCCGCUCCGUGUUCCGCAUGGCGAGGGCCGUGCGGCGUUCGCGAGCGAAGAGGACCGGGACAAGCUGGAGAUGCAGGGAUAGGUGGCACUGCGUAAAUGUUGACUCGGCGGGACAGCCCACGGAGCUGUACCAGCUCAACUCGAAUGGCAGCGCGGGCGGUAUCGCGGGGUUGCAUACGCCAGACGGGCGUGUGCUGGCGCUGAUGCCUCACACUGAAAGAGUCAUCAGGCUACAGUGCAACAGCUGGUAUCCUCCCGCGUUGAAUGACCCUUGGAAGGGCCAGAAUGCAGCAUGGCGGUGGGGUGAUAUCGAGAUAUCCAGCUGCUACACAGAUUUCAUUAGCGCGCAUCUGUUGCGCUGCCGUGAUCGUCUGAAACGAGACGAGAUGGUGUUUCCAGCUCGCAUAAGGAGGGGAGUCCUUGUGGGUCCUCAGCAGAUGCCACGCCCGAAUCGCCUGUCCGCGGUUGACAAUACACCAGACAACGGUGUUGAGAGGGCAUAUUCUGCGGGGGCCCAUCGCCUCUCGACGACCUGUGAUGCCCUGCAGUCGAUCUCACUCACAGAAGGAGGAAGAUCCUGCGUUGACAGUGCGAGGUCGACCACGGAGUUGAAUCAGGAAACAGUUUACGUUUCCACGAAUGUUUUGAUUGCAAGGGAAUGGCGUUGGAACGAUAUACCUGCGACGCAAAAGCCGGCGGAGUAA